CCUGGACGUCUGACAGUGGAGGGUGGGAGGGGCUUGGGCCAGAAUGAGGUGGGAUGGGAGAACCAGACUCAGCCUGGGCCCACAGAAAGCUUAAACCUAGGAGUACCUCUUGAUAAGGAGCCAAGUUGAGAAUAUAGAAACUUCAAGGGCAGCUUCUUGGGCCUAAGGAGGAGCUGGCUGUGUACUCCUAUGCUCCUGCAUCCUUGUCCCAAGCCGAUGCCUCAUUCUGGGCACACUUCCUGCCCAGGCUGACCCACAGGAAUGAUGGUGGGGCAAUGGGUGUGUGUGAGGCACGGGUCAGAGAAGCCCGCUAGUCACCCUCCAUGGCCAGGACACACACGACAGUCUGUAGAUGGCAACGGUGCUCUCAGGUCAGACCCAGGUUCAUAUCCCAGCUCUGCCAGUUACCAGCUAUGUGAUCUUGGUUGUGGUUCUUUAAACUCUCUAGGGCUCGGUUUCUGUGUCUGUGAGGUAGAGGUGUCAGUCUUACCUGACGGUCUUAGGGUUUCCCUGAGAUGCCACCUGACAUGCAGCGUGCAUCAAGUGGCAGUUUUGGUUGUUCCAGCAUGGCUGCCACAUGCUGAGAGUAGGCCCUUUCUCCAACUCGUGGUCUCAAGCUAUCCUCCCACCUCGGCCUCCCAAAGUGUUAGGAUUCUAGGUGUGAGCCACUGCGCCUGGCCUAAGAAUAGGCCCUUUCUGUGCCUGCAGAAUUUAACCCCCUUCACCUUGCAAACAGGUCACCUUCAAAAGGGCAUUGGGCUCAGCACACUUUUCUCCCCGGAAAGGAUUACCAUUGGUGGUUGGCUGGAAGGUGACCCACCGAAGCCUGCUUUACAUAGCUCAAUAGGCUGAGCCAGGGAUUUUGGGCUAGCCUGGAGACCUGGCCUCCCUUGGGGACAAGUUGCUGAGGCAAUGUUCACAGUGGCAGACCUCUUCUUGUUCUGUGAGGUGCCCUGAGAACCUUUCAAAUCAUAGCCACAGGGCUGGCUAUUGGUUACCUGUAACUCUGGGUGUGUUCUUAAAGUGCUGGGGGUCUGUCUCGAUGCAGGGGUCCUCAAACUACAGCCCGCGGGCCACAUGAGGCGGUGUGAUUGUAUUUGUUCCCGUUUUGUUUUUUUACUUCAAAAUAAGAUAUGUGCAGUGUGCAUAGGAAUUUGUUCAUGGUUGUUUUUUUUUUUAAACUAUAGUCCGGCCCUCCAACGGUCUGAGAGACAGUGAACUGGCCCACUGUUUAAAAAGUUUGAGGACCCCUGGGAGGGACCUCCCAUUCAUGGUUCUAGUACCUUCCAUAUCGUACCAUACCACAUGGCUGCUCAAGAUCAUCCCUCUGUUAAAGAGUGGCCUCUCUUCUUUCCAAAAACACAGCUGGGCCCAGGUCUGGCCGCAGAGGACUGGCAGUGUGCAGACUUGUUCUCAUGGGUCCUGUGGAUGGGACAGGUAAUGCCUUACAGAGUAAGUGCACAAGGUCAUUCCAGAGUCAUUAUCAUGCUGUGUUGCAAGAAGCCCCAGGUGGGCACUGUGGCAGAGUAUCUGGGGGGAGGAAAAGUCACAUCUAGCUAGGUGGUCGAGGAUGUCUUCCCUGAGUAGGUGCCCUUUGAGCUCAGCCGGAGUGAGGUCACAAGCUAGAAAGGUCUGGAAGGCAGGGGAACCACAGAUGCAAAGUUCCUGGGGUAGGAAUGCUCCUGGCCUUGAGGUUCAGGGAAAAUACCAUAUAAGAAGUACAGUGGCUGGGCAUGGGGACUCAUACCUGUAAUCCUAGCACUCUGGGAGGCCAAGGUAGGUAGAUCGCCUGAGCUCAGGAGUUCGAGACCAGCCUGAGCAAGAACAAGACCUCAUUUCUAAAAAGUAGCUGGGGCGUGUGGCAGGUAUCUGUAGUCCCAGCUACUUGGAAGGCUGAGGCAAAAGGAUCGUUUAUGCCCAGGAGUCUGAGGUUGCUGUGAGCUGCGAUGCCACAGCAGUCUACCCAAGGUGACACAGUGUGACUCUGUCUCAAGAAAAAAAGAAAAAUGUACGGUGAGUGAGGUGGAGAGAAUAAAGAGGUGGGCAGGGGAGGCCUGGCCCUAGAGGGCCUGGUGGGUCAUUGUGAGGCACUUAGAUUUUAUCGUAAGAACAUUUGUUUCUUUUUCGUCCUUUUAGGACAAUAAACAUCCUGGUAUUAUUUCAGUAGCGAGCAAGAAAGCCAAACCAGAGCUAGCAAAGGUUUCAACCUAUUUCGGAGGAAGCCAGGGAAAUGGGCAGAGGUUGCAGGCGCCAGGAAGCAGUUCGAUAUGUUUUUCUCAGGGCAGAGAGCUGAGGUGACAUGUUGCAGCUCCAAUCUGUGGCUGAUGUCACCGCAGGAGGCCAGGAGUCAGUCAAUCGAGGUUCCUCUUUCUGUGGGUGUCUUCCAGAAGAGUAAAAACCAAACCAAAAAAUCCUGGGGAGGCUGGAGGCCUUUGUGUUUUGAUGUGGCAGUUGUUGUGUGAGGCACAAGCCAUGGGUUAUUAUCUCAGCAGUGCAGUGUCAGCGGUGGCCUGCGCUUUCUUCCUUACCCCUUCAGACCCCGUGGGGGGCUUUUACAGUUUCAUUACAGCGGCCUGGGAGCCUUGGCUGUGGGCAGGUGGGCUGGUGAGGGUUCAACCUCCAGCUCAAGCAGCUGCAUGGCCUCAAGCAAAGUCCUUAAGUGCUUCCAACUUGUAUUCCCAGAUCUGCACAACAAACCUCAUGUUUGCCCUGCAAGAUGUCUGCAGGGCUGAGGCACAAUAUGGAUAAAGUGCUUGGCCCCGGUGCCAGGAACAGUCCAUGUUCUGUAAAUGACAAUCAACCUGAGCUGCAUUUUCAGAGUCUGAGAUUUGCCCAAGCUUCCUACAGUUCGUGCACAUCUGGGAUUCUUAUUUAUAUUUUUUAACAUCUGGGCUUAUUAGUGUAACCCUGGAUGGUGAAUAGUCUUAGAGAAGUAAAGCAACCUUCUCAAGGUCACACAGCUGGGCAGUGCCAGAGCUGGAAUUCAACCCCUGACAUCCGUGAUUCUGAAUCCUUCCCUGUGCCCAGGGGCCCAGCUGCCUCUGUGGUUUGGGGAUGGUAUUGAUACUGUGGUUAUUGUCUGGUCUGUGCCGCCUGCACAAGUUUCCUUUCACCUCCCAGUGACCACAGAUGGGAGGUAAGAAGGAGGUCGAUUUUAUUCUUCCUUUUAUGGAGAGGCAGGGACAGUUGCAAGAGGCUAGUAACUUGCCCUGGAUCAAAAGACAGGCCAAGUGUGCCUUUCUGAUUCCACUGAUCAAACAGAAAGGUCCUGGAGCUGACAUAGCCAGAAGCAGCUUUCCUUGAAGGGUAUGUGUGAUUCUGAGGGCCAGGGAGACUCGGGCUAGGAAGGGCAGGCAAUCUAUAGACUUUCUGCAGGAGAACUGCCUGACAAUCAAAUCGCCAGCUACAUUCUCAGUAGCACUCUGUAUUACAUUCUCUGCCCACCCAUGGAUUCCUGAGGGAGGACAGGUCAAGAAAAGACCUCCGGAGCUCUCGCAAGACUUGGGCCCUCUUCCUCAGCCGGCUCUCUGCAAGGAGAAGGCUAUGUUCAGCUCCCGCGCCAAGAUCAUGAAGCCCAAUGGCGAGAAGCCGGACGAGUUUGAGUCCGGCAUUUCCCAGGCCCUGCUGGAGCUGGAGAUGAACUCGGACCUCAAGGCUCAGCUCCGGGAGCUGAAUAUAACCACAGCCAAGGAAAUCGAAGUUGGUGGUGGUCAGAAAGCUAUCAUAAUCUUUGUUCCCAUUCCUCAACUGAAAUCUUUCCAGAAAAUUCAAGUCCAGUUAGUACGCGAAUUGGAGAAAAAGUUCAGUGGGAAGCAUGUUGUCUUCAUUGCCCAGAGGAGAAUUCUGCCUAAACCAACUCGAAAAAGCUGUACAAAAAAUAAGCAGGGUGGCACCUGUGGCUCACAAAAGCGUCCCAGGAGCCGCACUCUGACAGCUGUGCAUGAUGUGAUCCUUGAGGACCUGGUCUUCCCCAGUGAAAUUGUGGGGAAGAGAAUCCGUGUGAAGCUGGACGGCAGCCGACUCAUAAAGGUGCACCUGGACAAGGCCCAGCAGAACAACGUGGAGCACAAGGUUGAAACUUUUUCUGGUGUCUAUAAGAAGCUCACGGGCAAAGAUGUUAAUUUUGAAUUACCAGAGUUUCAAUUGUAAACAAAAAUGACUAAAUAAAGUAUAUUCACAGU